GUUUAGCAAUUCUUAGGGCGACAUUUAGCGAUUCAGUAACUGAUUAAUGGCUGUCAGACUCACCUCCGCCUCCUUCUUCUCCUUCACCGGUCUCUCCUCUUCUCGAUUCCCUUCCAAAUCUCUCCCUCUUCUCACCUCUUCUUCCCCCAAUUCCCCAGCCACCAAAACCACCUCCUUCGUUGCACUCUCUUCACCAUCACCCCUAAUGGCCGACGACGACGACCGCCUCAAAUUCAUGGACUUCCCCUUCGCCUCCGGCCCCAUCAGAGACGCCAUGGUCGAUCUCGUCUCCACCGUUGAGAAUCGCCUCGCCGCUCACCUCCUCCCUUCAACUCUCCCGCCAGACGCCCAGUAUUGCCGCAACGAUCCCGGCACCGCCCACGCCUCCCUCCACAUCCGCCCCGGCCACCAUUCCUCCCCGGUGGAUUUCAUACUUGGGAGUUGGCUUCACUGCAAGCUACCCACAGGCAUGGGAUCGCUGAACAUAACGAGCCUCUCAGCAUACCUAAACACUUCCACCGACGCGCCAAACUUGUUGAUAGAGCUGAUUCAGAGCAGCCCGGAUACCCUGAUUUUCAUCCUCGAUUUGCUUCCUCGAAAAGAUCCCGUCUUCCAUCCCGACUACCUCCACGAAUUCUACGAGCAGACUAAUUUGGACUCUCACAGGCAACUUCUGGAGAAGCUCCCUGAAGUCCGUCCCUACUUCUCCUCGUCGCUCUACCUCCGUAGCAUCCUCUCCCCCACCGCGAUCAUCGUCAGGAUCCAGGGCGGCGGGACUGGCCGGGUAGAGGAGAUUGUGAAGGAGUAUGUGCAUCCGGUGGCGAAGGAAGUUGUGGGUAUCUGGUUGGAGAAAUGUGCGUUGGAGAAGAGAGAAUUGGGGGAGGAGGAAUUGGCGCGUUUGAGGAAGAGGGAUGGUUUGAUCAAGAGCAAAACCAUCGAGAUUGAUCUGGGUUCCAAUUUGCCCAGGCUGUUUGGGCCAGAGGUUUCUGAGAGAUUGCUUGGAGCUGUAAGGACAUAUUAUAAUGGCUGAGAAAGUAGCAGCUUUCAUAUGAAAUAGUAAUAGUGAAACUAAAGUAGAACUCUUUUGAUGGCAUAGAAGUCUAAUUGCAAUGGCAAGUUGAGGGCAGAGUACUCUGUUCUGCUAUCUGGGUUCUGAAACUAAUCAUACAAGCACCAUUCCUUUUUGAGCAACAUCAUCACCUUCAAAUCUGCAAGGGCAUUGAUUGAUUUGAACUUUGAUACUAUUUGGAUUGCUGGAUUCAAAGUAGCUAAAGGUGCCAUUCUACAGAGAUUCAACCCUACGAAGCUCGCCCCGUUGGGAGAUGAAGUAACCUAACAGUAUUCUGUCUUGAUCAACAGGGAAAGGACUGCGAACUAAUCAACAUCUCUGGAUUUGGACAUCGAACUCAUUUCCUUCGUCCCUCAGCUCAAAAGUGCAACGGUCCCAUGCUUUGAGAGAGUUAUCCAUUGCAAACUUCCACCAACCUUUGGACAUCCAACAUCCCGUUUUCCUUUCAUACCUCACAACCUUCACCGCCCAAGAUUCGCCUCCAACGUUGAGCUUCACCAUGAUAUCUCCCUUCUCUCCCGAUCCGGUCGCGAGAUACGUCUCCACAAAUCUGUUAGGCACAUUAAGCUGCACAACAAACCAGCAAGGAAAGCCAGAGUUGGAGUGCAAAAAGAAAAAUGUAACUUUCAGGAGAAAUCGAUCAAAUGAUCAUGAUUUGCAGAACACCGGCUUCAUACAUUGUUAACUCCUGACUUGCGGCUGUUCUUUACGAUGACUUUCGUGAAAGAUGGCCGCCGCCGCGGCAGGACAGAGUUAGUGGCAGCUGCCGCAGCAGCUAGAGAGAACAAAAGGUAAUUCAAUGACUUCACAUCAGAGUCCAAACAAAAAGCUACAAUCUUUAAACAACUGGGGAAAAUGAAGACUCCUCUUUACCUCCAUCUUCCGUAGCAAUAAUUUUUGCCGUUUCCCCAUUAGGCACCCCAACUAUGAACUGUGAGUACUUCAUCUCUGCCGCAGAUCGAUCGAAUAUUUUUACAGAGAAAUGGGAGUUGCCCAGAAGCUCAAAGAGCAAGAAAUGGCCGUGUUGGAAAUGGUAAUGUUGUGAGAACUGUUGCCAGCCUUUUCCAAACCAAACCCUUUUUCCUAAAUCAUCUCUCACCAGCUCUACAAGCCACGCAUCACCAUUUGGGAGCUCGAGGGUUACUGGGUUAGAGACGCAAUCAAAAUGGUCCAUGGAGUAUUUCUUGGGAACCAGCUGCCAGAAGAAGGGCAAUGCCAGAAGCAGGAAAGUCAUGUACAGGCGGAGAAGCUUAGCGAAAUGGGUAAAGAAGAAGAAGGAAAAGGGUUUACCAUGUUACUCUCUUGAAUGUCUUCAUCCACAAGUAUUUUGAAGAACUUUGGACCCUCCUCCAAGCAAGCACUCAUCGUGUUCCUUCCAACAGCUCUCAGUUCUCCGCCUUUGAUCCAAAUUCCAAACGAACUUGUUCUCAAGAAGAUUAUCACUAAAAAGAGUGGUGGUGUAUGCGAAGAUAUGGGUGAGGGAGGUUUGAUUGAUCUUGUACCAGUUCGACAGUCAAAGAAACUCUGAAAGAUGAACUGGCUGCCGCUGCUGAACUUGCUAAUCAAAGCAAAGAUACGGAGAGAGAAAGUAAACUCUUCUUUUAUUCGCCAUAUUUGCUCACCUCAUCAGACAAGGUACAAAAGAUAAAAUCUUUUACUUUUUUGUGGGUUGAGCCGUUGGGGUAAUAAGUUAAUAACUACUCUUUAACUUUUAUUUUUUCCAAUAACUCGUUUGGAAGUUGCGAUAGUUUUGUUGAGAUUGUCAUUAUGUA